CUCAGUUGUGUCGUCGUCUGUGCAGUUCCAUGCGACCUCCGAGUAAGAAAGGGAAGCAUCUGUCCGGUAUGGGCGGAAAUGCGAUCCCUCUGGGCCGCAUGCGUACCUUCAACACCCCUACGCCGUCCCCUGACUCCGAACCAACCCCGAGGUCCGAGACUCCAAGACCGGCGGGGCCACCUCCUGUCGUGGGGGGCCGAGGCCGAGGCCUCACUAUGCCUGCUUGGAUGAAGAAGGCGCAACAGAGUGGUAGCGGGGAGUCCCCUGGUGGGCUCACUACUACUUCCAAUAACGAUUCGAGAGCCAGCAUUGACAGUAGUAGCAGGAGAGGAGAAGAGGGUCAUCGGAACGGGUCUAGAGGGUGGUCUAAUGAGGAACCCUCACGAGGCUUCAGCGACUCUGCUACUCGAGGAUGGGAUGACGAUUCGAGUCGUGGUGAUCGACGUGGUGAUAGGAGCCGAAGGGACCGGGAUCAUAGUCGGGACCAUCGUCGUGACAGGGAUAGAGACCGCAGCCACAGGAGAGAUAGGCGGGCCAGCAGUGAGAGCAGGUCACGCAGUAGGAGUCGUCGGGGCAGGAGGGAUGAUAGAGGUGACCGUAGGAGUGGCUACCCUACCAGCAGUCAGCCGUCCUUCGACCCAUCCUCUCGUAGAGGGGCAGUGUCUAUUGCCACUACUGUCGCCCAGCCUAUGGCUGCCACUACCCAACAGCCGAUGGGAGGAUACCCCCCUGCUGGACAGUAUCAUCAACAGCAGCAACAAGCGCCGGUACCGCCGUCUACAGCGACCGCCCCUACGUCCCUACCAAUGCCGUCGCAGCAGGCACCGUCUGCAGGGAAAGGCAACACCACGACUGGCUUCCAGAUGAAGUUGGGGGCCUCCCAGGGUCCCAAGAACUCCCUGGAUCCUGCUGUCUACCGUCCGGCUGGCCAGGCAUACAAUUCGACGGGGGCUCCUGCUGUUCCUGCUGUCACCCAACCAGCAGCAGCAGGUGGUAGCGAUGGGAGUGCCCCUCCUCAAAACGUGGACCCUCAGCAGUACUGGCAGAUGUACCAAUACUAUCAACAGUAUUAUCAACAAUACUAUCAGUACAUGCAGCAACAAGGCAUGACCCCGCCCGGAGGGGCUCCUCCCCCAGGGAAUGUCCACCCACCACCACCGUCGGGAGGUCCACAACAACAACAGUAGUAGUGAGGAUCGUCGCGGUAGUAGUAUGAUAUGAUCGUAGCUGUAGUAAGUGAGCGAAUGGCCACGACCAACUAGUACAGUUUUUCCCUAUCUCU